GCGGUUUUCGAAAGCAUCAAAAGAACUGAAUCCACCGUCAGUCACGGAAGAGGCACAUUUUCCUAACCCAAGUGAUAAUGAAGAAUACCUCUUGACAGCUAUUUACCUGAAUCCAGAGUAUAGGCAUAUUUUCCUAACCCAAGAUACUCGUCCAUAUUGGCAGGAAAUUAUAAAAGAACGCAAGAAGGCAGGAACUAUUCGAUCAAAAACAAUUGAUGCAUACCAAGCUGUGAGAGAGAAUGUUGGUAAUGAGAUCGUGGACGAAUGCAAACAAUCUUUGAAAAGACUUGAGAAGGAUAAGCAAGAACAAAGUAGAUCUAGAAGCGGUGCAGAAUAUCAUACCGAUUCAAAGAAUAAUGUUGAAUUGCAGGAUCCAAUCUCUGUAUCUGAAGAUGAUGAUUUGGACAUAUUUGAUCAGGAGGCGAUUGAUCAACAAGGAGAGGUGAAGGAGGUGACCAAUGAUAAAGUGAAGGAAAACAAAAAUGGACCAUUUAAACUGAGUGAGACAAAUCGUAAAGAGAUUGAGAAAGUAUAUAAAUUAAUGGAUAAGCAAUUCAUGUGGAAACUUUCAUCCGAACGGAUUGUCGAAGAAGAGUUAUAUAAGCUGGGGAAAGAUUUGGAGUUUGAGCAUGCCGUCUAUUCGUUUAUCCUAGAUGUUGACGAUAUAUUAAUUGCAGAACAUUUCACUGAAGCGGAACUUUAUGAGAUAGAGAACACGCCUAUCCCAGAAGUAUCUGAGCUCUCAGAUGAAAUUAUCAAUUUAAUAAAUAAAUUCACUUGCAAGCAAAUAAUAAAGGAAGUAAGUUUUAGCAGUAAUUAUGACCGUGAGAAACACCACGAUAUGGACUAUAUAUGCCUUGCAUUAUAUGCGUUAGUGAGGGAAAUUGAAAGUGGAAAAAUCACAGACACUAACCUUGAAAACUGGUUCAACUGCUAUAUUUGGAGUGUGAUCUUUGAUCAAGCUUUCGGGGAUAUGAAGACAAUAGCUGUUGUCAGGGCCGUUAGUAAUGGCAACAAGGAUAAAUUUGGAGCUGGGGAGGCAGGUAAAUGUUGGCUAGACGAAUAUGAAACGAAGUAUCUUAGGGAAGGAGGAUUAAAACUUCCUAAGACACUUAAAGAUAUGUUAUUAAGUUUAAUGGAAAGAAUAAGCCUUAUGUUGACAGUGGUAUAUGCUGAUAACCCUAAAGGCUACGUCUGCAGAUAUCGACGAUGUGAUACGUUGCAAGUGCCAGACACAGUAGAAAAAUUCGAUUCCAUUUUAAUGAUCCUGGCAUCUGUUCUGAAUGCUAAGUCUGUAGUUCAAGAGACGGUAAAGAUGGUUCAAACAGCAGGACAGACUACAAAAGCCUUUAAGAGUGCCGGACUCUGA